AUGUCUUUAAAUAAUAAAAUUGAAGUGAAACAUCCAAUUCAAUUAUUAAAAAAUUUAUCACCGAAUUUUUCAAUUAACCAAAAACAUAAAAUAUACAAUAAAUUUAUGAAUUCAACUCAUCAAAAUGAAUCAAUUACCGAUAUAAAAGGUAGUCAUAGUAACAACAGUAGCAGUAUUAAUAAUCAACAAUCCUAUUUACAAUGUACAAUAGAUAAAACACCAUUUAUAAUGCAUGAUCAUCAUAGUAACAAUACAACAUUUCAUAUCCCAUACAAUCAUCACCAUGAUCAUCAUCAUCAUCAUUCGAUUUCUAAUCUAUCUGAAUUAGUUAAAAACAAUAUAAACAACUUUCCAUAUGAAGGUUACUCACAGGGUAAACUUAAUAGUAAUCGUAUCAAUCAUCAAGUUGAUGUAAACACUUCAUUCAAUGAUACAUUGAAAACUAUUAGUGAAGAACAUUUACUUCAAAAAUCUUAUUCUUUGCAAAAUGUAACAUCUUCAAACAGAGAAAUCCCUAAAGAAGAUCAAUCAUAUUCAUUAUCUAAAUAUAACUAUUCUUCCAUAACUACAAUUCCAUUACAAAUGAAUAUAAAUAGUUUAAAACAAAUGUAUCAAUCUAAAUCAACAUAUGUAAUUGUAUGUAAAUAUCCAGUGAAUUUAUCUAUAAGAUAUUUAGAUAAUAAUAAUAAUAAUAAUCAAAUAUUAAAUAUUAAUUUAAUUCAAUUCAAUUAUUUAUGGCAUUAUGUUGGAUGGGGUUAUUUAGUUGCUAUAGCAACUAAAAAUUAUAAAUUACCUAAUUUAUAUGAAUCAAUCAAAUUAAUAUUAUGUCAACCAAUUACAUUUAAACAAUUAUGGUUUGGUUAUAUUGUAAUACCGGAUACAAUGAAUCAUACUACUACUACUACUACUACUACUACUAAUAAUAAUAAUAAUAAUAAUAAUACGUCUUUAAUUAAUCAUUAUAUUGGACAAAUUUAUAAACACCAUAGUGAUAAAUCAUUUCCUACUCAUUAUAUUAUUAUGAAAAUAAUAAAAGAUAAUGAGGAUGAUGAUGAUGAUGAUCAAUCAAUGGAAAUGGGAAAAAAGAAACCAUUCAAAUCUCCUUCAAUCUUGAAAUUCAUUUUUCAAAAAUUAUUUACUACUAAGACAUAUAAAUCUAAAAGUAGUAUUUUAAUAAAUAAACAAAAUUAUGAAUAUUGUAUAUGUAAAAUUGAAUCCCUAGAAUUAGGAAUAAAUAAAAAAAUUUAUCAACAAUCAAUAGAAUUUUUUACAGAAUUAAAAAAAUUAAUUCAUAAUUUAAUAGUCUUCCAUUUUCAAUCGGAAUCAGAGAAACAAUUACCAAUCGAAAAGCGAAGACAUAAAGACAAACUGGGAGUAUCAACAUUCCCGUCUAAUAUCAAUUCAACAGAAUGUUUUAAAAAUCAAAUCUCUUUUCCUUGUUUAUUUCGACAUAUAUAUUCACUUAGUAGAGAUGAUUUACAAACAAUAAGAACAAUUUAUGGCUUUGAAGUUUAAUUAUAUCAAUAUUUAUAUCAUUACACUUGUGUAUAAUUUA